GGGUGCCUGGAGGAGGACGUGUGCACAUCCUCUUUGCACCACGAGAGGCGCCGGUGUCUCUAGCGGUGGUGCCUGAUUCUACCGGGAUUGCAGCUUCUGUCUGAUCCUUUCUCCUUUCCUCCUCCAUCCCUUCCACAUCCCACAGCUUAGUGUAGCUUGCACUUUCCACCAAAGACUGUGGAGGCCAACAGGUCGGAAUGGAGACCCUCGACGCAGCAGACUCCCCUCCUCCCGCCAAGCAGCGCAUCCUUUCAGAGGAGUUGAUCUCAGAAGGAAAAUGGGUCAAAUUUGAAAAAACAACUUACAUGGACCCCACUGGUAAAACCAGAACUUGGGAAACAGUGAAACUUACAACCAGGAAGGGAAAAUCUGCUGAUGCUGUGUCGGUCAUACCUGUGCUGCAGAGAACCCUUCAUCAUGAGUGUGUCGUUCUGGUGAAGCAGUUCCGACCCCCAAUGGGCAGCUACUGCCUGGAGUUUCCAGCAGGGCUCAUCGAAGAUGGAGAAAGCCCAGAGGCGGCUGCUCUGCGGGAGCUGGAGGAAGAAACUGGCUACAAAGGUGAAGUUGCUGAAUGCUCUCCAGCUGUGUGCAUGGAUCCAGGCUUGUCAAACUGCACCACACAUGUUGUGACAGUGACCAUCAAUGGAGAUGAUGCAGGAAAUGUAAGACCAAAACCCAAGCCAGGAGAUGGAGAAUUUGUGGAAGUGAUUUCCUUACCAAAGAAUGAUCUGCUGACAAGACUUGACGCUUUGGGAGCAGAAGAACACCUUACAGUGGAUGCCAAGGUCUACGCCUAUGCUCUGGCACUGAAACACGCGAACUCAAAACCAUUCGAAGUGCCCUUCCUCAAAUUUUAAGGCCAAGGAAGGACACUGGCCAUGUUUUGUAAAUGAAACCAUGACGCCUUCACUAUUCAAUGUAUUCAAUUAAGUUUAAUAUAGAUCAUAAAACAGCUUUUUUAUAAAAGCAGCACAGACUGCAUGUGGUAUGGAAUUAUAACUACAGGGAUGAAACCUUCACUUAAAUUUGUUAAAUACUCAUGGAAAUGAGUGCAUAGUUAGGUAUGUUUAAAUUUAUUAAACCUCACCUAGUCUAGAAGGUGAGGGUAUUUCUCAGGAAUAGACUCGAGCUCCAAAUUAAGUCAGCUAUUUCUACUCUCAGUUCCUAAAAUUAUGUACUUAAGUCUGCAAAUAACUCACAUUUAGGCUCACAUUUAAAAGAUUAGAAGGUUGGGUUUCUGUUGUUUUGUUUUGAGACAGGGUAUCACUGUAGCUCUGGCUGGCCUGGAAUUUAUUUUGUAGACCAGGCUGGCUUUGAACUCCGAGAGAGUCAUCUGUUUCUAUCUCUCCAAAGUUCUGGGAAUAAAGAUGCGUAGCUCCACACAUGGCAAAA